ACUGGUGUGCGCUUUGGCACAUAAUUUUCGACGGUAGAAGGACCAAGGGUAGAAUCAGCUCCUCAAAACACCCAAGCAGCUCGAUCGGCAAAAUUUUGGUCUUACUGGUCCGAUUAGGGAUUCGCGAGGAAUCGACCCAAUACACAAAUGGCGAUGGCUGCGCUCCGACGCGAAGGGAGGCGUUUUGCCCCCUUGAUCUCUCCCCGUCCGAUUAUCGCCGCCCGCUCCUCUCUCAUUCCUGAGGAGCAAGCCCCUCUUGGAGUGCGUUCUAUCUCAACUCAAGUGGUUAGAAAUCGCAUGAAGAGUGUGAAGAACAUUCAGAAAAUUACAAAGGCAAUGAAAAUGGUUGCAGCCUCGAAGUUACGUGCCAUUCAAACCAAAGCUGAAAAUUCACGUGGCCUUUGGCAGCCAUUCACUGCCCUUCUUGGUGAUACCCCAAGUGUCGAUGUUAAGAAGACUGUUAUUGUAACUAUCUCUUCAGACAAAGGUCUAUGUGGUGGAAUCAACUCCACAUCAGUUAAGGUUAGCAAGGCCUUGCUCAAACUGAGUUCUGGUCCUGAAAAAGAGGUCAAAUAUGUUAUUUUGGGAGAAAAAGCAAAGGCUCAGUUGUUACGUGACUCGAAGAAGGACAUUGAGCUUUCCAUAACUGAGUUGCAAAAAAAUCCCUUGAACUAUACCCAGGUCUCUGUUCUGGCAGAUGACAUCUUGAAGAAUGUGGAAUACGAUGCAUUGAAGAUUAUCUUCAACAAAUUCCAGUCAGUUGUUUCGUUUGUUCCAACAUUGGCAACUGUACUGUCACCUGAGGUUGUGGAGAGAGAGGCUGAAGCUGGGGGAAAGCUUGGCGAUCUGGACUCUUAUGAGAUUGAAGGUGGUGAAACAAAGGGUGAAAUACUGCAGAAUCUUUCAGAGUUUCAGUUUUCUUGUGUUAUGUUCAAUGGCGUGCUGGAAAAUGCAUGUAGUGAACAAGGAGCAAGAAUGUCGGCCAUGGACAGCUCUAGCAGGAAUGCUGGAGAUAUGUUGGAUAGACUCACACUAACAUAUAACAGAACUCGCCAAGCAUCUAUCACCACUGAAUUGACUGAGAUCAUAUCUGGAGCAUCGGCACUGGAGGGCUGAUUGUGAGAAUCUUGAUGCUAAGCUAUUUUGAUUAUUACGAAAUAAAGCAAUCAAUAUAGAGCCUUGGUUUCGACUUGCUCUCAAGUUUUUAAGACAAAAUUUGUUUUGAUGAUUGAAGUUAUUUUUGGAUAUAGUUGUACUUUCAAGCUUUCUGUCCGAAUGUUGGAUCUUGAAUGGCUGUGAAUUGAACUUGCAGCCUCCUCCUCCUCUUCCCAUAAGCAUGAAACCCAUUUUUGAUUUCUU